AUGAAAUCCACUGGUAUGCAUCGAUCUUCGGUAAAAGGUGAUGACGAUCCUACCACGAAUCGAGCCGUUGUGAAAAGUCACAGCUGGGGAGGUUCCUCUGUCAACAAAUCAAACGGUGAUCAUUUAACUAUGGCCGGAUUCCAUCAACGGGCAGUGUCGCUCCGUAAGACCCGCACCCAACGGCUUCUGCGUCAUCGGUAUAAGGAGCAUCUGGAUCAACCGUCGCUACACACUGUAGCAAAAGCAAAAAUGAUGUCACGUUUUACACGCAUUCAAGUGUUAAGCAUUAUCAAAUUAGCGACCAUGGACAAGCUGCGCGACACGGGUGCAGGCGGACCGAACGACCCGUCCGCCCAGCAACGGUUAUCGACGGAAGGUGGUGCGAGUGGCGGUGGAACGACGGGCGGCGACGGAUGCUCCGAUGAGUUUCACCAUCAGUUCUAUAACACCGGCCGGAUAGGACGCCGGAAUGCACUGCCAGACAUACUGGGGACGCAUUGUACCACGACAACGGCCGACCUGUCGACGCAACUGGGUGCACUCUCUACCUCGGACUGUACGGGCAAAGCUUCCGACGCGAGCAGUAGCAGCAUAGCAUCCGGAAACAACGGUCAGCUUCCACCGACGACAACCGCCACGUAA